CGAGCUUCAAACUCAAACUUUUGUCAUUGUCAUCCUUUGAGGUAUCUCCAUCAUCCCUGGACGCUUUAAGAGAAACUCAUAAACUUGAAAAGGACAAUGACAUUUCUGAAAUCUCCUUCAAAAUUGAGGGAUCGAAAAACUUUUCAUUGACCAUACUACAUGAUAAUUUCUUCCCCUUCCUCCCACCACAUAAAUCAAUGAAAAUCUGGAUAUUUGAUCCUGGAAAGAUUUCCAAAGUGGAGAGUCGAGAAAUUGAGCACUCCUAUGGAGGUCCUAGGAGUGAAAAUUUGAAGAAAAUUAAUUAUCAUGAUCCAAGCUUGAACGAUUGAACACAAUGAUGGCGUCGUGCCGCGACGUUAAAUUAGGCGCUUCUUGGGAGGCAACCCAAGCAAGGUAUGUUUUCUUUUCAGUUUAUUUCAGUAUGUGUGCGUGUGUAAAAAAAAAAAAAAAAAAAAGUGUAUCUGGGGACAUACCCGAUCGCGUAAUCUUCCAUACUCGGUCGGGUAUGGGUAAAAAUAGGGAGAACCGAGUUCCAUACUCGAGCGAAAUGGUCAGUAUUUUAAACAUUGGAGGCAUACUCGAUCGAGUAUCAGUAAUACUCGGUCGAGUAUGUCCAGAAAGGCAAAUCCAAAAAGAGCCUGUUUCCAGCACUCGAUCGAGUAUGGACAUAUACUCGGUCGAGUAUGUCUGGAAAAUCAACCUACCAGACCCUGUCUUGAAGGCCCGAUCGAGUAUUAAGCCAUAUUCGAUCGGGUAUUACUGGAAAACUUCAUACUCGAACCCCUGUGUUGAGUAUCCGAUCGGGUAAAUCUGCAACUUAACCCCAAAACACUCCCCAAAACACUUCAUCUUCUCCAGACACCCAUACCAACCUCGACCCCUUCUCCCCAAAACUCCAUUUUUCUACCUUCUCUCUACCAUAUCUCCAUCAUUUCCCCACCAAAACACCCACAACCCACCAAAAAUCAAAAUCACCCUACUCCACAAACAACAAAAGCCGAAAUUGGGCACUAGGGACAGUGCUUGAACUAAGUGUGGGGGAGGAGACUCAUCAUGGGUAUGUAAUCUUAUUUUCUACCUUUUACUACGCAUGAACUUCUUUAAAAAAAAAAACAAAAAAAUUGAAGAAAAGAAAUGCUAGUUAGGUUGAAAACCCAACAAAAUGGGCAAUCUAAGCAAAAAAAGGCUUGUGAAAAAUGAUGAGUGAGUUGGGAGAAUGGAAAAUGAAAAGAGAUGCUAGGAUGAAAACCUGAAAAGGCUCCUAGGCAAAAUGAGAGAUAUGAGAGAAAUAUUUAUUUUUGCAUGCACUCAUUUAAUCUCUUUGGAGAAAAAGAGG